UGUUAGUGUUGAGUAAAAGCAAAGCAGCUAAACGGCCAUAGUUUUAUUGUUUGUAUUGUCCGCGGCCUUUUAUUCCCAAAAAACCAGUCCCUUUCAACAGUUAAAGCCAAAGUGCAGUCCGAUCUUCAUGGGUGAUAACAAAAUAUGCGACAUAAGCAAUGAGGUGCUUGAGGAACUGAAAAAGUUUCGCUUUCGCAAAAGCAAAACCAACUCGGCGCUGAUAUUAAAAGUGGACAGGGAGAAGCAAUCGGUGGUGCUCGAUGAGUUUAUUGAUGACAUAUCUGUCGAGGAGCUGCAAGACUCACUGCCCGGCCAUCAGCCACGCUAUGUUAUCUACACAUACAAAAUGGUGCACGACGAUCAGCGCGUCUCAUAUCCAAUGUGCUUCAUAUUUUAUACACCGCGCGACAGUCAGAUAGAGCUGCAGAUGAUGUACGCCUGCACGAAGAGUGCGCUGCAGCGGGAGGUGGACUUGACACGCGUCUAUGAGAUACGCGAGCUGGACGAGCUGACCGAGGAAUGGCUAAGGGCUAAGCUUAAGUAGAGCCAGCUUGAGUAGUCCAAAAUGGCAGUCGUAUAUAAAGCAAUAUUUAACAAGUAGUUUCUCAUACACACAUAUAUUUUGAAUGGAGCCGAAGCAUAAUACCAACGAUAACGAUACAUACCAAACCAAUAUAUGAAUUAUGACAAUUUUUCUAUACUCAAGACAAGCAUUAUUUAUACAAAGAAUUGUAGAGCAGACAUCAGCGUACAGUAUAACUACGGUUAAAUGUAUGUUGAAUGACAUUUUAAGUGAUUUUAGUUGUGCAUUUAAGCAAUGAUCUUAUAGAAGCUGUGCUUGCCAAAUUUUUAUAUUUAUUGUACAAAACGAAUACAAAGCAAAUAUGACAAAAACA